ACAAUAUAAAAGGUUUUCCCGCGCCUGGUCUUUAGUCACAGCCAAUUCCCAUUGGAGCUAAGAUCCUGAAGCAGGUGGUCAGUCUGCCCUAGCUGAAGUCAUUCUUUAAGAAUAUCUUCUUUUUUUGGCAGCUGGAAGCGGCUGUUUCAGGCUUAGCAAGAUGUCGUGGAAUAGCCAACAGGAGUUUUCCCUCCCAUCUACCAACCCAUAUGGGAACAAUACGGUAGUGGAUAUGGCACCAGCAGAGAUCCUUCAUAUGGUUGAUGCUCACUGGUACCAGUAUCCUCCUCUGAAUCCACUAUGGUAUGCUUUGGUUGGCAUGUGGGUAGGAGUCAUGGGAUGUCUUUCCAUUUCUGGUAACUUCAUUGUCAUCUGGGUCUUCAUGACCACCAAAUCACUGCGUAGCCCGGCUAACUUGCUUGUUGUCAACCUGGCCAUCUCUGAUUUCCUGAUGAUGUUCUGUAUGUUCCCACCCAUGAUGAUUACCUGCUACUGGCAAUCAUGGACUCUUGGUGCAUUCUUCUGUGAAGUCUAUGGGUUCCUGGGAUCUCUUUUCGGCUGUGUCUCAAUCUGGUCCAUGGUUUGGAUCACCCUCGAUCGUUACAACGUCAUCGUUAAGGGUGUUUCUGGAACUCCACUCUCUAGCAAAGGAGCCCUCAUGAGAAUUGGUGGCACUUGGGUAGCUUCCAUUGCCUGGUGUCUUCCCCCAUUCUUUGGCUGGAACCGCUAUGUACCAGAGGGCAACCUGACUGCUUGUGGUACUGACUAUCUUACUGAUGAUGUCGUCUCUCACUCUUAUCUGUACAUCUACUCUGUCUGGGUAUAUCUGUUGCCUCUUUUCCUCAACAUCUACCUGUACUCCUAUAUCAUCAAGGCUGUAGCCAACCAUGAGAAACAGAUGCGAGAACAGGCCAAGAAGAUGGGUGUCAAGUCUCUCAGGAGUGAAGAGAGCCAGAAGACCUCUGCUGAGUGCCGUCUGGCCAAGGUUGCUCUCAUGACUGUGUCCCUGUGGUUCGUUGCAUGGACACCCUAUUUCAUCAUCAACUGGAGUGGAAUGCUCAAGAAAGAACUGGUCUCUCCUGUAUACACCAUCUGGGGAUCCGUAUUCGCCAAGGCCAAUGCUGUUUACAAUCCAAUUGUGUAUGCCAUCAGUCAUCCCAAAUACCGUGCAGCCCUCGAGAAGAAGUUGCCAUGCCUGGCAUGUACUACCGAGGGUAAUGACACAGUUAGCGAAACUGUCUCUGCUGCUCCCACUGAAAAGGCUGAGUCUUCUUAAAUUACACGAAGAGGACAACCUAUUGUGAACCAUCAUCUCUAACAGACUAUUGUUUGAUUAACUGACUUAUUAAAUUUAACCCAGCACUAUGGCCAUGAGGUUAUGAGUGCCAAUUGACAAAUGUUUCCCUUUUCUUCACUCAAAAUACAUUAAUCUGGAAAA